AUGUUGCGUGUUGCUCCACCUGGACUCUGCGUAUGUGAAAUGCGUGUUUCUUCUUCUUCUUUGAUCUUUCUCCAUUUCUCUCUCUGUAUUUGCUUCUUGAACAUUUCGCUCACCUUUCUCCAUCGUCGGCGACAUGUCUUGGUACCGAAGAGCUAAGCUCUUCCUCGCCAGCUCCAGAAGAAAUAUCAAGAAUGCUCCGAGGAUUUCGCCGAUUUCUCCCCGUUCCAACGCUUUCUCCACAGUUCAUGGGAACGGGUCUUCAAAUCUAUCAGCUAAGUUUUCCGGGUUCUCCAUUUUUUCCCGCAAAUCAGGUUUAAGCUUUUGUAACUCUCUCGGGAACACGAACAUCAAUGCCUGCAACCGGUUUCUGAGCAUUCCCAAGAAGUUUGACUGUGUUGAUCGUCACCAGGUUCGUCCUUUCAAGCCACCGGAAGAGAGACAGUGGCUCCAAGACCUUGCGGCCGUCUUGGCGACGGUGCUUGUGAGUUCAGGGGUUUUGGUCACCGUUUAUUGGAAUCUAGAGACUGUUCCUUACUCGCAACGGGGGCAUUUCGUUCUUAGACCUAAAUCGGUCGAGAAAUGGGUUGAUGAAUUAAGGUUUCAGCAUAUAGAAUAUGGGUUCCAGGGGAGAAUACUCCCUGCGGAUCAUCCCGACAGCAUUAGGGUUAAAUCGAUCGUGAAGAAUAUCAUCGAAGGGAUGCAGAGAAGUUUGAGCCUGGAGAGUGUGGGGUAUGCGUCCACGGAUGGUACCUCUACGGAGAAUGACGAAGCAGUCAAGGAUACGCCAAUGGGACUGAGUGGGAUGCAGUGGUCUCAACAAGAGGAGAUUGUAGAUGAGGUAUGGAUUCAGCAAAGCAGGAAGAAUGGUAAGGAGAAAGGAGGAUCACAACCCUCGAUUUCUCACCUAGAGGGGCUGGACUGGGAAGUUAUCGUGGUUAAGGGUCGGGCCGCUAAAGCAUAUUGCUUUUCUUCUGGGAAGAUAGUGGUAUACACUGGUUUGCUCAAAGAUUUCAAGACAGAUGCAGAGAUUGCCACUGUGAUCGGACCUGAGAUCGGUAGUGUCGUUGCCCGACACUUAGCAGAGGAAACUUCCUACUGGUUUUGCUUGGUGAUCCUCCUACUGUUUCUCUGUCCGUUCGUUACUGAGGCUAUUUGGACUGAGUUCGGUCUAAUGGUGGCGCUCUUUCUCUUAGUUCCCUGGAUGAUUCUCUUCAAAGCAAACACGACAGAAGCAGACCGCAUAGGUUUGAUACUGCAGGCCGCAGCGGGGUACGAUCCACGAGUAGUUCUCGGAGUGUACCUGAAGCUGGGGCGCGAGAGGCUUGAGAGGGCAGCGGAGUUGGCUGAGUCAAACGCCAUUGAAGAAGCCCUCUUGGUUUACCGCAGAAAAGUUGAAUCUGAUCGUCUUGAUUUGGAGAGGGCAGGAGAGUGAAAGGAAAGAACAUGUUCGGUUCUAAAUCUAAACCCAAACUGCUCACAAAACUCCAUCUCCUGUAAUAAGAGCAAACUUCAUUUCCGGGUUUUUCAAGCGACUAAAGAACUGUUCACUCUUGCAACAAUACUUGGUUUAUCGUGCGUGUACGUAUA